UCAAUACGUGAUCGGGACGCAUGGCUUAUCUACAGUAAGGACUCGUUUAGUCACGAUGUACAAUAUGGCGGCUCUCUCAGGUGUGCUAUUGAUCCUGCUGGUGGCCACAGGGACAGCGCUGGAGUGUUUGUUCUGUCUGGACGCUAACGAGCAGCUAGAUCACUGUCAUCCCAUCACAUGUGCAUUGCACGAGGAAUGUUUUUUCGAGAGGACAGUUGACGUGGAUACAUUCCAAAUCCUACACAAUGCCGGAUGUCGAGAUAAAACGCUAUGUAGUUACUUGACGACGAUAACAGCGGGGAGAAAACGAAGGAGGGAGCUUGAAAUAAAGAGGAGUGGCAUUCUUACAACGACUCCUGUUGAGUACCGCGCAUGUUAUAAUUGCUGUAACUCGCCCGGGACCUCGGGACACCCAUGUAACGCUUUCCUGUGUAACCAGAAUUCAACAUCCGCAAAUGGUCGAUAAAAAUAGCCACCAUCACUCCUAAAAAUAAAUUCGUUAGCGAUAAA